UCGCAUUUCCCUUUCGCAUCCUUCACCGCUUUAGGUAUGUGCUUGUAGAGUAUCUUCCUCGUAAACAGUGCCAAUCGUGCUCUCUCGAUUCAUCAAGCAAUCAAUCAAUAAAUCACACAAUAAUUCGCACAUAGAAUCAGGUAGAUGUAAUAAAAUAUUAAUCGGUGAAGCAUGCAUUCACACUGCACACUAAUGAAAGAAGAAUACAAAAUAUGCAGUAGGAAGGUUGUGUGAGCUACUCUUAUUAGCAUAUUGAAUGCAAGCAUGAUAUAAUCAGGAAAUCUCUAAAAAUAAGACCUUGGAAUUGAUUUCUUGGAACCUCGUUACAUGUCUGCAAAGUCGUUAUUUGGGAAAGUUGGGAUGUGUAUGUGUGUAUGUAUGUAUGUAUGUAUGUAUGUAGGAGGUAUAUUGGAAAGCUAAGAAGAUCAGAUGGAGACAGUUACGCACACGGAUCACAGAUCCAGAAUCGAAACGCACUCGAAAAGCAAAAUGCAAUAGAAAUGUCGUGAACAUGUCGUGAAAUCCCGUAGUUGAGUAAUGUAAUCGGUAACCCAAAUUCUGGUACAGUAGCACUCCAGAUGUUGUGAAGUUACAGCACAUGUUAUUUAUCGAGACGGGAUGCAGGAAGCCGUUUGGUGGGAUGGGUGAAUCGGCGACUGGGCUGCUGGGCUGCUGGGCUGGGUGUUUGGAGGUGCCGACUUUGCUUGCUUGCUUGCUUGCUUGCCUUUCAUGGGGACCUGGAAAUGAAAAAGCGUUUCUGGGGUCUCGCUUUUUCUAGGGGUACGGUGACAUCGACGAAGAUGGUUGUCCUUCGUUUCUUUCAUGGGCGGUCCCUUCUUUUGGGUCCAGAGUUGAAGAACUUGGGUUCGUGCUACGCUUGUUAUGCCUGGAGACAUGGUUGAUCUGAAUUGUCGGGAUCGUGGCGAACACGUGAUAUAUCUCCAAUUCAUGGUUCACAUUGUACAGUACAGUAUUUGAGGUCGUAUUCUAGUUGAAGCUUUUGAAUCGUGAAAUCAUUUUCACAUCGCGAGUUCCGUCGUGAAUCUAGGCUUGGACGUAUCAAAUACUUCAUACAUCAUUGUCCCCAUCGCACGCGUGGGUUUAAUCAAGUACCUAUGAUGUUUUUCCAAUCGCGCAAACAAACUAAUUAUCACGACAUCUGCCUGAAUAGGAAAUUUCCGUGUCACACCAUCUUCUGCGUCCAAAGAUAAACCGUGAAGCGACCUCUGAUACGCAUCAAUCGAUGUGGUAUUCGGUCUAUCUGCUUCAUUUUGAUUGAUGAAAUUCUGAAGAUGGUGAUGUGUGGUUGGCUCCCUAUCUCAAGUGAGGGGAAACCAGGUAUUUGGCCGUCAAAUGUUGUGGAUUUGGUGUGCGAAUAUUGGGGGUUUGGAGGUGGAUCUUAUCAGCUAUGGUUUUCUGUUGAAUUUUUCACUGUGUAGUAUUUUUGAGGACUGCUCUUUAAAGUCUUGAAAUCCAGGAGAGUGAUUUGCUGGAGUUGGUAUUCGCAAUAACUCAGUAUCAAAAUGGCAACUUCAAUUGAUGAUGAGAAGCAUGUGACGUCUUCUCCUGCACAAUCGAAGAGUGAAGCCGUGAAUAAUUCAUCAUCAGCUGCUGCAGCUCAUCUGGAUGAUAACUAUGCUUUGUUUCAAGAUGCUAGGGAUAUCGAGGUCGAUCCUCAAGAAGCGAAGAGAGUGCUUCGAAAGAUUGAUAUGCGGCUCAUGCCCAUUCUUUUCAUCACGUAUAUGUUGCAAUAUCUAGACAAGAAUUCUAUCAACUUCUCAAGUGUGUAUGGAUUGCAAAAGGGUACCCAUCUGAAAGGACAAGAGUAUUCCUGGCUGAGCUCGAUUUUCUACUUCGGCUAUCUGUUCUUUCAAUUUCCAUCAGGUUACUUCCUCCAACGCCUUCCUAUUGGAAAAUUUCUCUCUUUAACCACUAUUGCAUGGGGUGUGAUUCUCAUCACAACUCCAGCAUGUGUCUCCUUUGGCGGCAUAGCAACCAAUCGAUUCCUCCUCGGCGCCGUCGAAGCAACCAUAAACCCUGGUUUUGUCCUUUUAAUGUCCAUGUGGUACACGUCUGCCGAGCAACCUCUCCGUCUUGAAACCUACUACUGUACUAACGGCAUCGCAACCAUGUUUGGAGGUCUCAUCGGCUACGCUGUUGGACACAUUACCACCGGUCUCCCAAAAUGGAUGUACGUCUUCCUAAUCUUCGGAGCGAUCUCCAUCUUCUGGGGCGUAAUCUCCCUCAUUUUCCUCCCGGAUCUCCCUUCCACAGCCAAAUUCCUCACGCCCCACGAACGUCUCAUUGCCGUUUCCCGCGUAGCAUCGAAUCGUCAAGGCGUAAAGAACCAUCAUUUCCAGACCUAUCAAGCAUGGCAAACGGUCAAAGAUCCUAAAACGUGGAUCCUAUUUGUCAUGGCUGUCGGCGCACAAGUCCCCAACUCUGCUCUUACAUCUUUUACAUCUAUCAUUGUCGGAACCUUUGGUUUCGAUACCCUCGGUACCCAGUACCUACAAAUUCCCGGCGGAGCAGUGCAAUUCCUCGCGCUAAUGGCGGGUGGAUACAUAUGCACGAAAUUCCCUCGGAAUUCAAGAUGCAUCACCAUGAUAGUCGCCAACACGAUUUGUAUUCUCGGUUCGGGAUUGUUGGUUGGUCUUCCAAGUAGUAAUAAAUGGGGACGAUUAGUAGCGCUUUGGCUAUGCUAUUUUCAGGGGUUAGGAUUUAGCAUGAGUCUCACGAUGGUGAGUAGUAAUAUUGCGGGGUAUACGAAAAAACAGUUGACGGCCGCGGUGCUGUUUACGGGAUAUUGCGUAGGGAAUAUAGUUGGACCGCAAACUUUUAUUAAAAGUGAAGCUCCCGGAUAUCACUCAGCGUACAUAGCAAUGUUAGUAGGUUAUUCGGUCAAACUAGCAAUGGUUGUUGUACUGUACAUUUACAUGUACUCAAGUAAUAAGAAAAGAGAUGCAGAGCAGGCGGCAAGAGGAGAAAUAAGUGAAGAAGAAGAAAGAGAGGCUGUGGAGAAGGGUAUGUUGGAUAUGACGGAGAUUGACAAUAGAGGAUUUAGAUAUAUUUUGUAGAUAGAAAUAUGUUAGGGAGAAUGAAUAGAUAAAGUCUCUUCG